AUGCCUUCACCAGCCAAGAACCCUCCAAUCUCCAGACUUUCCCAAUUCCUCCCUCCCUGGCCUCCAGCAUUCACAGACAAAGACAUCCCUUCUCUCGCAGGAAAGGUAUACAUCGUGACGGGCGCUGCCUCUGGAGUCGGGUAUCAUCUCGCAAAGAUACUGUAUCUUAAAGGAGCUACCGUCUACAUCGCCGCUCGUUCCCAAGCCCGCUGCGACGGUGCCGUCGAACAAGUAAUCUCUGAGACGAAGUCUGUCGUUGGUGAUCAUGGCAGACUGGGAACUAUAGUCGUUGAUCUAUCGGACUUUGAGACCAUCAGGCCUGCCGUCCAGAGUUUCCUGGCGAAAGAGUCGAGACUUGAUGUCUUGGUCCAUAAUGCUGCGACGAUGGGACCACCGCCGGGGUCGAAGGAUAAACAAGGCAAUGACCUAGAAAUCGGCACCAACUGCCUUGGUCCCUACCUCCUCACCCUCCUCUUGGAACACCUCCUCGCUUCUACAUCCACACAGCCCAACACACCAGUGGGGAGCGUGCGCAUCGUCUGGGAAGUGUCCAUUUUGCAAGGCCAUACUAGUAUGGAAUUCGAAGCGGACGGAACGCCUAAAGUCCUCACGGGGUUUAUGGCGAAUUAUAUGCAAUCCAAAGUCGGCGUUGCGUGGCUCACGGGGUUGUUCGCUGACAGGUUGGCGGAGAAGGGUGUUUUGAGUGUGUGUGUUCAUCCUGGGUUGAUGCCGACGGGGUUGCAGAGGCAUCAGCCUUGGGUUUUGAGGAAUGUGAGAUCAGUUUAUAAGCCGCCGAUCAAUGGCGCGUACUCUGUUCUAUAUGCGGGAUUCUCUCCUGAAGUCACGAUGGAGGAUAAUGGCGGCUAUUGUAUGGCUUGGGGUCGGAAAUGUGAUUUGCCAGACGAGAUCGUGUUGGGAAAGAAGAGUGUGGCGGAAGGCGGGAGUGGUUCUGAGGAGAAGUUCUUGGAUUUUUGUAAUAAGCAAUUGAGAGAUUUCUUGUGA